GCUUUAUCAAAUUGAAAAUAACGAGGCUCAUAACAUAUCCAUACAUUCGGUCGGAGAGAAACCCACGGGCCUCUUCCCUGGAAGUAAGACAACUUUCCUCGAUAUUUAUGGCGAGAUUGCAGUGGACUUCGAUUUCGGUCUCCCAGAAGUUUCUCAGUCACCCCAAUACUUUGAUGUGGCACGCGAAAAAUCUUUGAUAAAGAGUUUCAAUAAAAAUAAAGACGAAACCUUUAUGAUUAAUGUUCAAACACAAACUGGCAACAAAAUAGUACCAAAAUCCCAUGUAGAGAAGGAACAAAAUGGAAAGGAAUGGCAUAACCUCAUUUGGCCGGUAUAUAUCCUCACAGGAAAUAUGUCUGUUUUUUCAUUGAAUAUAGACUUGAAAAAGAGAUGGAAACCAAUGCUGAAAGGUCCUUUACCAAUGUCCUCUUUCGAAAGUGAACAGGGUGAGGCUUGCUCGUUAAUUUGUCUGAACACUGUUCCUGAAAUCAUUUGUAUAGCCAUGUCGAACGGUAUUCUCUGCCAUUCUAUAUUAUUGGACCUAGAAGAAGAAACUUACGAAGAGCUUGAACAAAAUUCGAAAUCCAUUUCGAAUAUUCCCAACAAGGAACUCAUAGCUUUUGAGUCUGUGGAACUUGAGAUGGGUUUAGUAACUACUGGAGAUGACAGCAGCCUUAAAUACAAGUGUCAGAUAUUCCUUCACAAAGAUGAGUCUAAAACCGACAGAUAUUAUGCUACACAUGCUGCUGGAAUUCACUCAGUGUCCAUUUCUUGUAUUGAUGAUUUGCAAAAUUUUGUGCAGGGGCCAGAAGAGUUGGAUCCCACCUCUGAUAUCUUCGUACGCCCGACCAAAGCUGAGUAUACAGUUUGCACCAAAACGGCUACUUCUCAGAAAGUGAACCCAGUAAUAGGUUUCGGCCUUUACUAUGAACCUACUGCCAUCAUUACCCUUUUGGCUGAAGGAAGUCUUGUUACACUUGGUGUACUAUAUGCUGCUGAUCUGCCUAAAAUUAGUGACACGGAUGAUUAUUGUGAUGGUGCGAGGCAAGCCUCUCCUCUCAAAAAGAUGUUACAGGAGCCAUUCGAUGCAUACAUUCAAAAGAUUCUGAAGAAAACUCCUACUCAACCAGUACUUAAGCUACCUUCUUCAGGUGAACAUACCCAAGAACAGUGUUAUGAGCUCCUUCAGCGGGCUGCUCAAGUUUUCAGAGAAGAAUAUUUCAAGAAUCAUAUCAAAGCAAGAGAAGAACUCGAGAAAAGGGUACAUACUCUUUCCUUAAUGAAGAGGAAUCAACUUAAGGAAAUUGAAAUAAUGAAUGAAGAACGGGAAAUUUUACAGGAGAAGGCCAGUAAUUUGGCGGAAAAAUAUGAAGAUAUUAAAGAUAAGCAAGAUGAACUGCUGAAAAGGUGCGAAAAUUUACUGAUGUUAGUUUCAAGAAAAAGAAGUGAGCCAUCAGAUUCAGAAAGAGAUUUUCUUAAUGAAUUACAGGAAGUCAAUGAGAAGAUCUUAGUCUAUAGAAACAAAAUUGAUAAGAUCAAGAACAAAAUGAAGUAUCAGGAGAUCCAGAUAGAGAACUGGAAAGCUCAAGAAGUUAAAAAAGUUGCAGCAAUCAAUGAGACUCAUACCAAUACUAUAAGAACCAAUCUUCAAGAAACGGGAACAAAAAUCACAGACAUGGUUCAGCAAGUCAAGGAGUUCAAGUCGUCACUCAAUUUGAAAUAAUCCAGUGUUUUUUAUAAUUUUUGUAUGUUUUUAUGAUUUUCUGUUGUAUUCAAUAAAGAAGUCGAUGUGUACAUCAUAUA